GCAGAUUUAUAUCCCAAAAAUGUCAUAAAGAUAAAUUAACUAUACAAAGGCCAGGAUAUUGAAAACUGAAUUUCAAUGUGUCCAUAUAACUCAGGAGUUAGACCACUAAUGCAUUGCUGUCUGCAAUAAAAUGAACUCUUCUGGAUUGCUUUCCUUUUCUUUAGUAGUUUUAUUUGCAUAUUGUAACAGUUUGGUGAUCAAAGAGGUUCCUUCUGAAAAUGAUUAUGAAAUAGAUGAUGGGAAUUUUAGAGAGGACAUCCCACAAAUAAAUGCAAAAUCCCAGAGGUUUUUGUUUCAAGGAGACAUUGCAGGAGUUCAAGAACGGAAUGCUCUUAAAGAUCCAACAAAGAGAUGGACGUUCCCCAUUCCAUAUAUUCUGACAGAUAACCUUGAGCUAAAUGCCAAAGGUGUCAUCUUGCUUGCAUUUGAGCAGUAUCGCUUAAAAUCAUGCAUUGAUUUUAAACCAUAUGAAGGAGAGAAAACAUUCCUCUCUUUUACAAAGUUAGAUGGGUGCUGGUCUUCUGUUGGUGACCAACACAGUGGCCAAAAUGUGUCCAUUGGUGAACGAUGUGACAUAAAAGCUAUUGUUGAGCAUGAACUUCUGCAUGCACUAGGAUUUUACCAUGAGCAAUCAAGAACAGACCGUGAUGACUAUGUUAAUAUUUGGUGGAAUGAAAUUAUUCCAGGUAUGGAGCACAAUUUUGUUGUGUACGAUGAUGACUACAUUACUGACCAGAAUACUCCAUAUGAUUAUGAAUCUGUGAUGCAUUAUGCACCAUUCUCCUUCAACAAAAAUGAUAGCUUGCCAACCAUCACUGCCAAGAUACCAGCUUUUGAUGACAUAAUUGGACAGCGGUUAGACUUCAGUGCUAUUGAUCUGCUGAGGUUAAAUCGGAUGUAUAAUUGCACUUCGACUCUCACACUGUUGGACCAGUGCGCAUUUGAGUUCAUUAAUAUCUGUGGCAUGAUCCAGGGUGAACGUGAAGGUGCUGAUUGGGUUCAUGUGAAGAGCAGUCCUGGAAAUGAGGAUCAUACUACAAAUGGCAAAUGCAGAGAUGCUGGAUACUUCAUGUACUUUGAUACUAAAAAUGGCAAGAAAGAUCAAAGUGCUGUUCUGGAGUCUCGGAUCCUGUACCCUAAAAGGGCUGAGCAGUGUCUUCAGUUCUUCUAUAAAAUGACAGGCAGUCCAAUGGAUAAGCUCGUUAUAUGGAUGAGAAUGGAUGAUGGAACUGGAACGGUUCGAAAACUAGUUAAAAUUGAAACAUUACACGGUGAUGGCACCCAUUCAUGGAACAUUGCCCAUGUUAAUUUUCAUGCCACAGCCAAGUUUCGUUAUGUAUUCCAAGGAGUAAUUGGUAACUCCAGCAAUCCUUCAGGUGGUAUUUUCCUGGAUGAUGUCACGUUUACUGAGACCAAAUGUCCUUAUGGUGUCUGGCACGUGAAGAACUUCACCACCAUGCUUCAACACAAUUACAAGAAGAGCAUAUUCAGUCCGUGUUUCUUUAGCCCAGAAGGAUAUAGAUAUGGCUUAAAAUUAUUUCCUCAUUCUCGUCAUGAAAAUUAUACAGGGAUCUUUUUCCACUUGUGCAGUGGUGAAAACGAUGAUAUGCUUGAAUGGCCGGCUGGAAACAGGCAAGCCAUCGUCACAGUAAUGGAUCAAGAUCCUGAUGUGAAACUUAGAAUGUCAGCCACUCAAAGCUUUACUACAAAUGGAAGUUCUGUUAUAUCAGACGGAAACGACACCUUCUUUUGGGACAGGCCGACAUUGACUGGAUCCUAUGAUCAUGCAUGUGACUGCUACCGGAGUUCCUCCUGGGGAUGGGCAGCAUUCAUAUCACACAAUCAGCUCCACCGCAGAAGUUUCUUAAAAAAUGAUGACCUCAUUAUUUUUGUCGAGUUCAAUGAUCUGACUCCACUGAUUAAUACAGAAGUGCCAAUUCAUCCCCCAAGCUCUCCUUCAAGGCAUCGGCGAGCAGUAGAACAGAUUGGAUACUCAGAGGAGCAUCAGCCACAAAGUGUCCUCAGAGAUACUUGCAGUCCUGGCUAUUGUCUGAAUGGUGGAUUAUGCGUCAUUGUGAAUGGGAAAGCGAGUUGCAGGUGUGCCUCCACUCAAAUACACCAGCACUUCGGUCAUCGCUGUGAGAGAGCGCAGGUUCAUGGCACUCUCUUAGGAGUCAUGAUUGGUGCAACUGCAGGUGUGCUAGUGUUGACUAUUGCUAUAAUUAACAUGAUUGUCAGAAAACGAAAUUAAAGCUCAACAAAGCAUCAUAAGGCUGUCAGUUUGACCAUAACAGCAUCUUCCACUAAUUUAUAAAUCUUUUAAUAUUUUGCAAGAACUUGAUCAGGAAGCAUAACUUUUUGGUUCUAUGGUAAUUCCAUAAUGUUUGGGUUGCAUUUAUGUCUAAUCAAUUAAACAUUACUACUUUUUUCUAACUGUAGUGUACAUGAGAUUGAUUGUAAAAGUUAAUUGUGUCAAUUUGUUAACCACUCUGUGGUUUGCAGUGUUGUUUUUAGAGCC